AUAAGGAUUUUAUUUGUGGACAGAAUCUGAAGUAGAAAAAGCCUAUCUUCAUAUUAUUUCACUGCUCUGUUUUGGUAUAUGAGUAAUUUGAGCUUUUUCAAGUUAAAAGAAUGGCGAUCCUGCACUUCUCAUCUUCUUCACCGAUCUUGAGGAUUAUACACUCACCUCCAAGAAAGAUUUGGGCUUUGCAAGAUUCCAUCAAAACCCAGAAGAAUCUCAUUACGACAGAUUCUGUCUCCUCUUUCAGCUUCUGUCCUUGUGGAAGAAGACAUUUCAUAGGAGCUAUGACUUCAAUACCAUUUCUUCCCAUAUCUCCCUCUUCCGCUUCUACCUCAACGGAAGAUUUGGAAAGAUUACGUCCUCAAACUCCAAAGCCAGAUUGGUAUGAAGAAUUCUUUGCUUGGUCUAUGAAUACAGAGAUGGAAUCAUAUGAGAAAGAGAUUUCAGAUUACAAGAUGAAACUCUUUGAUAAUUUAGUUGGGAAAGCAGAAAAAGUUUUGGAGAUUGGCAUUGGAACAGGUCCUAAUUUCAAGUACUACACAGCGAUUCCAAACCUUUCUGUUAUUGGUAUUGAUCCAAAUGCUAGGAUGGAAAGUUAUGCGCGCAAAUCCGCUGAAGAAGCAGGCUUGAAACCCGAAGAUUUCACAUUCAUUCAUGCGCUUGGAGAGUCUAUACCGUUAGAAGAUGCAUCAGUUGAUGCAGUCGUGGGAACUCUCGUGCUUUGUUCUGUCGCGGAUGUCACUCGGACGCUCAAUGAGAUAAAACGGGUACUAAGACCGGGAGGGACAUUCAUUUUCAUAGAACAUGUUGCCGCGGAAGAUGGUACAUUUCUGAGGUUGGUGCAGAAUGUGUUGGACCCAUUGCAACAAGUUGUUGCCGAUGGAUGUCACUUGACAAGGCACACCGGAGAGUCGAUUUUAGAAGCCCGGUUCAAUGGCGGUGCAGAUGUUAAAAAGGCAUCUCUUUCUAGGUUUGCUUACAUAAGCUCUCAUGUCUAUGGAGUUGCUUACAAUUAAAAAAAAAAAAAAAAAAAAACAAGAAAAUGUCUCUUAGACUCAUCCAAGGUAUGAUGAUGAUUGUACAUUUCAAUGAUAUACAUAAGUUUAAAUGA